CCACAAAUGAAAAAAGAUAGAAAACAAUGAUGUAUAUUUUUGUUUCGAGGAGACAAUUAAGGAUUUAGCCCUCUAUUGUGCGAGUGUAAAUGGUUUUCAGUAAACAUUUCUCCGCAGCAGCUCUUCAGACCUUUUUUGGCGUUGAAAUUUCGCGAAUAUCACACGUGGACUAAAUAGCAAUGUUUGCAUUUUCAUUAUAAACAGGCGUUUAAAAAUCUAACUUUCAAGAGUUCUUAAUUUCCGAAUGAAUCAAUUUGAACCAAAUACGUAAAGAGCAGCUGCUUUAUUCAACUGUCAUUGUUUCGUUUCGCCUCUUUUUCGUUGAAUAAAAAACGGAAACGAAUUGAAAUGCGGGCAAUGUUGCCCCCAAAUGUUUGCGCUGGUCUGCAUUCCGCCGCCGCGGCUGCCGCCACUGGAGGAAGAUACUCGCAUCAUGAAAAGGACAAAAGCCACGUAUCCUCCCUGGCCGCUCCUCUUUUUUGUCGUCGCUCGCGGGAAAACGGAAUCUUACAUUUUUUUAUUUACAUCCCGCUUGUUUACAAAUUGUGCCGACCACCCAGAGACCGCAGGAUUAAACACCGCCAAGCGUCGCUCCAAGCUUUUACGCAUGACUUGCCAGUGCUUGCCAUCUUUAAAGCCAGCGUCGUGCCAAAUCGCCUUGACGCACGGAAAUUAACCAAAGUCACGACUAAAACACAGUUUUGGUUUUGCACUUUAAUUUAAAAGAAAGGGAUGCUUGUCCGAAUCUGGGUUGAGCUAGCUUGGCGCAAAAGGUGCUUAAUCUCCCUCCUGCCAGUCCUGCAUGGUCAUGACCUGUCAUAACGCCCCUUCCACAGCUCGUCUCAUCCUAUUGGUCCUGCUCAUUGUCACUCCACAGCUAGCCAGCUCCGCCCCGGCAUGGGGCGAGCAAGGGGAGGGAGGGGUGCAGGGGCGCACACGGACAGACCACAAAGAGGACUCGUUGGGCCCCCUCCUCUCGCCGCCCCAGCCCCAGAUUUUCCCUGGCACAGAUGACGCGUUGCCAGACCGGGUUCAUGGUCCAGGUCAAGAUAGCCAAUUAGAUAAAGUGAGUGACCCUGAGCAGGUGCUUGCUGUUCUUUUGGAGUCCCUGGACCACCCAGGGGAUGGCGAAAUCCUCGCCAGCAGAAACAGAGACUGGGAAGAGGAGGAUCAGAGUCAAAAGCCGCCCUCCGCUGAAGACGUGCAGGGUGGUGAGAUAAGAGGAGCAGCACAGACAGAGGGGGAGAGGGGGAAGGAAGAAGACAAUGAGAAGCAAGAGGCUGAUAAGGCAAUUGAAAAGGUAAUUUUAGGCCAUUUGGCAGCUGUUCAGGGGGAUAAAAUCCAGGAAAAGGAGAAAGAGGACGAGGAGGCUAAAACUACAAGAUCAGGGGAGGAUCAAAAUGCAACUGAGGAAGAAAGGAAUGACAAAGAAGAGGAGGGAAAUAAUUUAGAACAACUCAUAGAAAAAGUCAAAUCUACAUCCACAUCAGAGGCAGAAGAUCCCUCGUUGGAGCGCAAAAUCCGAGGCUACUUCCAAAACAUUGACUUGGGUCUGCAAGACAAUGAGAUCCUGCCUCCCCUGAAGGGCUACAAGGCGUACAACACUCAACUCGCACAAGCUGGGAAGAAGCAGCACUGGCAGGACAACAUGUCGCGCAACAGACCCGUCAAGGGGGGGAACUUCAUGGACGACUUCAAUGACGGCGGCGAGGAGCUGGAGGAGGAGGUUGAGGAGGAGGAGGAGAGCCUCUCCCACAUGCAAGAGGAGGCGAGGGCGCACGCAGAGAAGCAGGAGGUUCUCCGGCAGCAGGAGGAGGCAGAGCGAGCCAGGGAGGAAGAGCAGAGGCUGGCGGACAUCGCCUCCGACAUGCUGCUGCAGUACAUGGGCAGGAAGCAGCAGUCCUUCAUGAAGCCGCGGCAGAAGAGCAGCAACACUGCCGAGGACAAGAGGUCAGAGGAGGUCCUCCCAGACGAGGACGACCUGGACCAGCAGAUGAUCGAUAGGCUGAUUGAGAUCAGCAGCAAGCUCCACCUGCCCGCCGACGACGUAAUCGAGAUUAUAAGUGACGUGGAGGAGAAAAAGAAGAAAAGGAAAGAAUUGCAGCAGCAGCCGAUCAACAGCAAUCCGAUCAUUCCUCGCUUCAGGCCUCUGGUGCCUCCUCCUCUUGCCACUCCACCCAUUUACCACUACACAGCCUCAAAAAAUCCCAAGAAAGCUCCUUACAAGCACAAUAAAUCCAACAAGAAAUGGCACAAGGACAAAGUCAAGUCAUACAAGCAGGACUAUUGGUAUAAGCCUCAGAAGCAGCUUGACUACUGGUAUAAACCCCAGAAACAGUUUUUAGCCUUCCCCUCCUAUCCCUACUACCAAAAGCCAUAUCGAGCCUACUACCCAGUUUACUUCCCAUAUCCUAAAGAACAGUACUAUGGCAAGUCCUCCCCGUCCAGAGAUCAGCACUUCGGCCCCCAGGAACUUGAUCUCCAGCCCCCGAGGCGCAGGCACAGGGGUGGGGGUAAGAACCGGGCCGGACAGGGCUGGAGGCAGCAGCCGCCCCCGCGUCUGCCUCUCACACCUUAUAUCUCUAACUAUAUCCUUCCUCACCCACGGACCUACCAGCCUCUGCCCCCUCCUAAACCGGUGGUCGCGCCCAGGAGGGGCAGACGACCACAGUACUACUACCCACAGGUCACUCCUGGAGAUGAUUAUGAGGAAGACGGGCUGGUGCCUCAGCUGGACAGUGAGGAAGAGCUGGAGAACUUUAUUGAGAGGAUCUACAUGAAGCGCAGAAUGUAUUGAGGGACUCUUUUGGACACUGUCAGAUCAGAGGGACCAAAGGAGGGCUAGAUCUGAAGAAAAUUAGCUGAGAGGAAAGUUAUAACCGAGGUGAAAUGAAAGGACUCAGAGGAGAUACGUUUUGAGCCUGUGGUCAUUUUAAAAAGUUGGGAAAUGAAUAAAAGUUAGAUUUCUUUUGUUCUUCACUGUAACUUUAUUAUGUUUUCAGUCAGGGAGAGAAUGAAGAAGUUCCUCUUUGAACUCCCUGUAAUCAUGUUCAGCCUCUUGAUGGGUUUACAUUUUAAACCAGUACAUACCGCAGUGUAUGUCUGCCUCCAUUCAGGUCAAUCUCUGAUGCUCUCUUGUAUAUUUCAGAGAAUUAUAGAGCAAGCAAACACACACACACACACACACACACACA